CGUGCAGGGUUGUUGAGUUUGCGUCUGCACUUAAGCUGGUCACUGGUGAUAGUGGUGAUGCAGUCAUAAUAUACGGUGCAACACCGAGACCGAAGCCGGAUAACGAUUGUGCUUUGCUGUACUUACAUGUGUAUAAAAGUACAUGUAGUAAAAAAACGAGAGAAUGAUAAUUUGGAGCGCAGAUAAACCUGAUAAACAGAAAAACCGAAGCACACCAAUACAAUGGGAACGAUAAAUUGGUCGGAGCUCUUUCCUGGACGAUGGAGUGCCAUUAUUUUCGUUCUAUACAUCACCCUUUUUGUCAAUCAAGGAAUAAUCAUAACAUGGUCGCAAAAGCAGGGGAAAUAUGAUUAUAGUAUUGUUAUAGUUGUUCUGAUGACUGAGGUCUUAAAAUUAGUCUGCUCUACACUUUUAUACUGUAAAGACAAUUCGUUACAAAGUUUAGUACAAGAAGUUUUGAAACAUAAAAGAGUAUUACUACUGUAUAUGGUACCGUCAUCUUUAUAUUGCCUGUAUAAUAACUUAUCCUUUGUGAAUUUAGCAGCGUUUGAUCCUCCAACAUAUUUUUUACUACUCCAAUUACGAGUUGUGGUAACCGGAAUAAUUUUUCAGGUAGUAUUCAAGAAGACGUUAUCAAAGAAGCAGUGGGUAUCAUUAGUCUUAUUGACUUUAGGAUGCAUGAUAAAGCAUUUGAAUAUUGAUUAUGACAAUGCUCUUCCAAAGAUUAAUUUCCAUCUAAAUAUCAAUAUUAUAUUUAUUUUCAUUCAGACAAUCUGCUCGUGCUUAGCAGGUGUCUACAAUGAAUACCUCCUCAAGGAAGGUUCCAAUAUAAAUAUCUUUGUGCAAAACGUGUUCAUGUACAUUGACAGUAUUCUGUGCAACGUUGUGGUACUACUGAUCCAGGGCAAUCUCCUGGAGGCUUUUAAUGAUGCAGGACCUCACAUAUUUAUGGAUCCUAAAGUUAUUUUGAUAAUGUUUAACAAUAUGGCAAUCGGGAUCGUUACCAGUUUCUUUCUCAAAAAUCUCAACUCUAUUGUGAAAACGUUUGCUAGUGCCUUAGAGUUGGUUUUCACAGCCAUCCUCUGCUGGCUUUUCUUCGGUAUUCCGAUUUAUCUUAGUACUGCUAUUGCUAUUGCUCUUGUUAGUUAUGCUGUUAUACUGUAUUCACAAAAUCCUGUUCAGAAUGUCAAGCCUUCAUCGAAUUAUAGUCAUACAGAUGCAGAAGACAUUGAAAAAUGUAUACUUAUAAGUCAGAAAGAGUCGCAAAUUGUAUAGUAUUUUUUAUAUUUAUUUCAUACACUUGAUUUUAUCCAAGUGUCACUGUUGUAAAUUAUUUAUUGUGUAUAUAUGCUUAUCAUAAUAUUAACUUUUGGUGCAAUAAAAUUUUUGAUUU